ACGGACGUUCACACGGCGUUUUGCUGUUGGCGCGCGCGAUACCCAUUAAGUAACGGGCAGAUGAGGCGUUUGACAAAAAGAAAAAAAAAAUACCACAUACAAAUUUCAAACAACCAACAAAUAAAUAGACACCCCAAUCACAAGCACAUCCGCAUUCAAAAUCGAAAAAAACUACAGAACGGAACAGAAGAACAAUUGCGGCUGCAAUUGGAAUAAAUCGAGGAUUAUACAACCCGUGCUACGCUUCAUCAUCAUCGCCAUCAACAGCAUCGUCGUCAAGCAGCAGCAGCAUCCCAAUCAGCCAAUCAAUCAAUCAACAAAAUAGAAUUCGGAACAUAUACAUAACUGCAAUGUUUAGAUAAGACGUUUGAACCAUCAAAAAGAUGCACGGAUAUGUUCAUACAUAUGUACUAUCUACGGACACCAACGACUUGUCAUAGAAUCGCACGGCUCUGAGGCGUUCCACCACUCAUGGAGGCGUUCUAGGAAGGAGACACGGGAAACGGACCAACGUUUGUCAAAAAUCAAAGACAGCAAAAGACGGAGAGUAACUAACUAGCAACCGACUUAGACAAAGCCAUUAGCAAUUACUUUACACACACACACACACCUACACACAAUCGACCCUUUUUAUGGGAGAUGCUCUGUAAAUACAUAAAACACAAUACACUUAGGAUCUAGGACUCUACGCCUCACACAUCACACAUCACACAUCAGACAUCAGACACAAUUCUCUGAGAUAAAUAUACAAAAUACAAUAAAUAGAACCCACACCCCUAAAACAACUACAUAGACUCACAAAAUAGGAAAACUACUAAAUCUAGUACAACACAUCGCCUGAAACUUCACAGUCAAAAAUUGAGCUAGGAUAUUCAUAAAGGUGCGUUUGAUCAAUCAGAUAGAUAUAUACUUGUACUCGUACACGUACACGGCAAGCACACCGAACAGAAUCGAACAAAAAACAAACAAAUAGUGAAGAAUCUUCGAAAGGAUCUGGGUACGGCGGACAGGGUACGGUGCCAAGGACUGCCAAGAUGCAUAUUGAAAUCCAGGUGGCCCUAAACUUUGUCAUCUCCUAUCUGUACAAUAAACUGCCUCGCCGACGUGUGAACAUAUUCGGCGAGGAGCUGGAGAAGGCACUGCGCGAUAAAUUCCAGGGACACUGGUACCCGGAGAAGCCUUUCAAGGGUUCUGCCUAUCGUUGCCUGAAGACCGGGGAUGCCAUCGAUUCGGUGCUGGAGCGUGCUGCGCGGGAGAGUGGUGUGCCCAUCAGUGAUAUUUUAGAGAAUUUGCCACACGAGCUAUCCGUGUGGAUGGAUCCCGGCGAGGUGUCUUUUCGCGUUGGCGAGAAGGGGGCCGUUAAGAUUCUUUAUACAGAGAACAAUGAGAACCACGAGGAUAGCCGCUCGGCAGAUCGCGAGGUCACCAAGACGUUCAAUCCGGAGGCGCAAUGCUUCCGACCCAUCGAUGUGGUCAACACGACCCUGACCAACCUGAGCUUAAGCCCCAAGUCGUUGCCGGUGCCUAUGCCCCAGGCGGGCUCCUCGCCGCACUCGGCUGCCUCUGGGUCGCCCACUUACAAGGGCAGCCCCAAUCCCAAUGCCAGCAACGGCAGCUGUGGCUCCGCCUCCGGUUCGUCCAGUGGCUCGGCACCGGUUCCGGCUCAGGGUCAGACUCAGGCCACGACUCAGGCACCAGCUCACGGCAACACUUCGGCCGGUGGCACAACCUCGGCGUACUUGCAACGUGCACCACAGGCGCCUUUAACCUUCACGACCGCCACCUUUGCCCAAACGAAAUUCGGCAGCACCAAGCUCAAGACCAGCUCGAAGCGGGCCAACAGCAGCGCGUACCGCAUGUCGCCCACAGAGUUCUCGAACUACAUCAAGCAGCGGGCCAUACAGCAGCAGAUGCAUCACGGCCAUGGGGUCGUCCCGUCCCAGGGCUAUGCCGCCCUGGACCCUGUAUCACCGGCACGCUCGAUCUCACCCAAUCCGUUGGCUCUGGGCGGCCAAAUGGCCUCCGGUGCUGUAGCCGGCGAUCACUUCUUCUAUCCCGGCGUGGUCAUGGGCCUCUAUCCGCAGUUCAACGGCCAGCGGAACCUCUACGAGCCGCACUUCAACGGCGACGCCAACAUGGCCAUGUUUGCCGGGCAUCCCCAUGUCAAUGCCGUGGGUGGAGCCAAGUACAGUACUUACAUGGAGGCAUGCUACUUUCCCAACGGCCAGCAUCUGUCCCAGCAGCAGCAGCAGCAGCUAGGCGUUCAAAUGGACAACGAGAGCUGUUCGUAUGGCCUGGAGACAGAGCAGUGUGUCAUCGAUGAGGUGGCAGCAACAGUGGGAGCAGCAACAGUUGGAGUUGGAGUUGGAGCUGGGGACUCUUCCCCGGACAACAGUCCCAUUGCCACGCCACCAGUGGCUGCAGUGCCCAACCAAACAGCUGCUGCUGUUGCAGACACAGCCGGUCCCGACAGCGUCAGUCAGCAGCAGCAGCAGCCAGCCGAAUCCUCAUCGGCCAGCACUCUGAUUGAUGGGAUCAACUCGUUCUACGGCACUGGAUCGUCUUACCAGCAGCUCCUGGUGGCCAACUAGGCCUUCUCUCAGCCCCAGCCACAAUAACCAACAGCACCGACAACAACCAGCAACAGACAUACCAACUCAAGGGCCGAGACCAUAGAACCGACAUCUAAGAGCCAGAACAAUAGAAAUUAGAAUUAAACGAAAGCUCCGCCACAUAGUUAUAUAAUAGAGAUAAUAUUGAAUCUGACUGGCCCCACAAAGCCAGACACCAUACCGAUCCAAUUGUUACAACAUUUUGAGCCACAAGAAUGAAAGAAUGAAAAAACACACAUAAAUUCCGAGAACAAUGUAAAAA